AUGAACAAUAACACUAAGAGCCACUUGCCACUUGCACUACAGCAAGCUUUCAUGAACCGCAUGAUAUCAAUUGAGCCAUGGGAUUCUAGCCUGAAGAUAGAAAGUCAUGGCUAUCCCAUGAAGCGAAAAACAAGAUCAAUUCUCCUCCUCAUCAUCCUCCUUGUCCGUCUCUUCGAUGUCAUCCCUCGCCUGAAAAACCGACCAAGGCCUAUCGGACGUGCCGCUGGGGGGAAAGGAUGUCAGAGAGAUGGUAAGUGA